ACUGAAUUGUUUGUUCCAAGCAAGUUAAGUUCAGGAGGUCCAGUUAGGAUUCCGUCUGUGGUCUGGUGUUUGGCUUUGUUUUAUUUAAGUUAUUAUUGCACAUCAAAUUAAUGGAAUGACAAUUUUCCGGGGUAUACGUUUUUUCUGGUAUUCUGAAGUCGUUUCCGUCGACGUGUUUCUUGUAUGUUGAUUUCUUACUGCAGUUUUCUUUCACUGAACUGGCGAAUGUCCUUGACGUUUUGCCGGAGAGUAAAGACAUGAGAUCAAGAGGACCGUGCUUCCCACAAUCAUGGCUCUGUUUUUGUUGUUGUGUAUUUUCACUCUUAUUUCAUGUUUGCACGGAUCUGAAGAUGUCAAGCAGGGAAGCAACAUCUUAACUGUGUAUCCUGUAACUGCUGCAGGACAAUUGGUUCGUCGAAUGGAUGAGACUCUGAAUUUGACUUGUUCUGUCACAGGAAACAGCUCACACAUGAGCAAAUUUAAAAUUACCUGGCAAAUGCCGUAUAAUUCCAAAAAUAGCAAGAGCCGUGUUUUCACAGUGCAGGAACAUAAUAAGUUAACAUUAUUAGUACAAAAUCUUCAAGAGAGUGACACUGGAGAUUAUAAAUGCCAGGCAGUUGAUAACAAUCAAACUACCCUUCAAGAAGUGGUACGAGUUAAUGUCAAAAGAAGAAAACCUGUUUGCUCAGAGAAUAUGUUCCAGUGUGCCCUUCCUGGAGGGGAGUGCAUUGCCAAGAGAUAUGUCUGUGAUGGUUGGGAAGACUGCCCAGAAGGAACUGAUGAAGCUCCCAUUCAUUGUGGUCGUGAUUCGUGUGAAGGUAAAUUGAGGUGUGACAAUGGCCGCUGCAUCCCUUAUGAGUGGUGUUGUGAUGAUUACAUUGAUCCAAAUUGCACUGUGAAAGUUCGAUUACCAUGUUGUCGUAAACUUAUAACAGGAGACAUGGAUGCGGAUGGGUAUCCGCCCUCAGAACAGCAGCGUUUUAAUGACAUGGGCUUCCUGCAAACCACAAUAUAUACAGUUAUAGGAUGUGCCAUGGCCUUCAUGUUCAUCGUCACUGUGCUCAUCAUUGCAAUAUGCAGAGUACAUAUGAAGCGCUCUGUGCUGACACGUUGCCCAGCUGCUAUGCUUGCAUCCCACACAGGGCCUGGAAGUGGCUUUCCACGUCACUUGGCUGGUGGUCAUCGCCUCGUCAAUCUCCCAUCAAGAAACGCUGUGCCCCCUCUAUAUGACUUGGAUGUUUUUCUUGGUCACUCAGCAGAGUUGUCUCAGCCAUCCCAUUCUGGCCUCCUUGUAACCUACAAUAUUAAUAAUGGAGUACAGUUUGUUGGGCAGCCUGUAGAUCCUCCUCCUUAUUCUGAAAUUUUGACUUCCCCUCCUCGUGAAGGACCUCCUCCCCCUUACACCUCAAGAGAAAAUCUCACCCAACCUUUUGCUGACCCUGACAAUUUUGAAGAUAACCCCAGUGAAGGAGACAGGCUACUGGGAACCUCAAAUAGAAAUUGUUCACCUGUGAAUCAUACUAGCAAUAAUACAAUUCAAGUAACUGUGGAAAAUGCAGGGGAGUCUGAUACUCUCUUGAGCAACUCAAGUCCUUCGGUAAUUUUGCCAAAUUAUAUUAGUUCAGUGCAAGUGUCUGUGAUUAAUCCCCUGCCACUGAUGUUCAACACAAGAGGAACGAGCAGCAGCCCUGAGUCAUCCUUUGCAUCUCCAGAUCCUUCAGAAAACAAUUGCAGCUCAUCAGAAAUCAGUGAACAGCCAAGUAGUUCUCCUUCCAACUCAUCUUUAGGUCAGAUGUUGCCUUCUGAUGUCUCUCCUAGUGGAGAUGAAUACACUCAAGAUAAUACUGAUAUUCUCGGCCGUGACAUUUGCAGUGGUGGUGAGAAUACCACUGGUCAAUUAUGCAAUUACUGUUCCUCAAACACUUCUGUUGCUUGUGUUGAAUCAGAUGAUGUGGGAAAAGUGAACCAUCAAAGUGCAGUCACCAAUAAGGAGUUGCUGGACUCUGCAGUCACUCAUCCCAUCAAUGCUGCCCCUAGCCUAGCAAGCUCUCCUACAUGCAAGAUUUCCACCAGAGGGGAAAUCAGUGACUGUGUUGUUGAAUCUCUUGCAGUUGGUGGCUUCACUGGUUGUGAAUGUGAGAGCAAAACUGAAGUUUCUGAUGAUAUUAAUUCCAAGGCUUUUAAACCUGAAAAUACAUAGGUUCAUGUAAAUAUAAAAAUUAUUUUUUGUAAUAUUAUUUAUCAAAAAUAAGUAGAUUUAUAGUCGUAGUUGACAAAUACUUUCUCUGAUAAAAGUUGUACUAAUUUAGUUAAAGAAUUGGUUUACAUUUAAAAGAAAACUUUUAAAGCAAUUUUGAAUAGUUGUAAGAGUUGGAUUGAAUUUGAGAAAGUACAUCCUGAUGCAGGAAUAUGAAAUAAGGUGUCACAUAAAUAAUUAUGUACAUUUGAUAUUUAGUCAUUUUUGUAUAUAAGACUCACUCUUCCAGACAAGCUCUGUUUAACAGGCCAUUGAAGUAAAUAUGAAAUUUAAUCUUAUAUUUUUAUUAUUUACAAAUGUCACUCAAAAAUCUAGUCAUUCGUGAGAUGACAUUUAUUGAAAUCGAGUUAUUUUGAGUUUUAUUGAAAACAACAACAGUAAUAAUUCUUAUGUUCACAAUUUUGUCAGUUUUAGAACAAACUGCUGGUACAAAAAGUAUCAUUGGUAAUUAAUCCAUUUUUAAUUCUUGACAUAGAUAUAUGCUACACUAAACUUAAUAAUUGGAAUUAUAUAUCAAUCAGCAGUAAGAAUCCGUAUUUGAUUAUUCCUUUUCAUAUAUUGAUUUGACAUUUCUUCUGUGCAUAUUAGUAUGUUUAGUAUAAUUAUUCAUUGAAAUUGAUCAAAUCUUUUUCAAGAAUAUUGUUUGACUAGGUGUUCAUAUUAAAACAUUUUAAAUUUAGUAGUGUUUUAGAGACAGGUGACAAAAUUCACUGGUAAUAUUCCUUCAAAUGAUCAAGUUAUAUUGUUCAAGAGGCAGCUACUGCUGUUGUUAUUGUUAUUGAAAGAGUUGUAUAUAAAACUGCUUUCCAGCUAUUUUUAAGAAAUGUGAUUCAAAUUGUAAAUGUUUAAUUAAUUAUAGGUUUUAAGUUCUGUAAUGUUUGAUUUUAAAAUAUGUGAAUACUCAAUGAAAUGCAUUGAAACAUUUUUAAUACUAACAUUCAGUGAAGUUAAUUUGACCUUUCUCAAGAUAUGAAUUAAUAUUUACUCUUAUCCUU